AUGCCGGCAGCUGCAACAAAACCCCCAGCUCCCAGAAAGCGCAACAGAAAGAGAAAAAGAAGAGCUGCAUCGUCCAGUUCAUCGUCGUCAUCCUCUGACUCGUCCAAUUCCAGCGACGAUGAUGUCCCGGCCAAGAAAAUUGCACCAAUAGCUCAAAUCCCGCAAGAAUCCUCUUCUUCGUCUUCAUGUUCGUCAUCAGAAUCCUCGGAUUCAAGCUCUUCAGAUGAAGAGGAAAUGACCACAAAUGCUGUUCCGCGAGGGAGACAAGAAGACAAGGACAUCGCUCCAAAAUCUGUUCGCAGACUGUCUCCUUCCCCCUCACCACCUCCGGUAGAGCUACCAUCGUUUUUGCCCUCCAAGGACGCGACGGAAGGAUCUAAGUUGCAGGAACAGGAGCUGAAGGAUAAAUUCCGGCAAUUUUGGAUGGCAUCUGUGGCAGAUAGUUUCAGAGACGAUCUGGAGACGAUUCGCAAGGCGCGUUUAUCUGAACCUAACCUUGGAACCUCGCGUCUGGCAUUGUUGAUCGACUCAUUGGCUGCUGGGGCAGACGUGUUCACUUCGUCAACAAAUAACUCAUCACUUAAUGAAAUGGAAGUCGUCCUGAAUUAG